AACCAGAAUAACUGAACCCUAACCCUAGACCGGGGCUUAUCCUAACCUCCCCCUCACACUGUGCACGUGAAUACAGAAAUGAUGUCCGAUUAGAUUUUUAGAACCAGGGUUCUUCACUGUGGUAGGGGCAACCUGAGCGAGGUUGGAGCAGGACAUAGGAUAGGGUUUGGAUUUUCAACGAUGGUAUGCUUAAGUGGUUAUUUGGUUUGUUUCCGGCGAUGACCGGGGGCCGAUGUCACCGGAGGAAGAAGGUGAAGGGCAGGGGUGUGGAGGGAUAUUGCGGAACCGAGGGCAUGCCUUGCCCGGUUUCGAGGGUUCCGGUUGAAUCCCCGGGGACCCAACCGGAAAAUUCUGAUAACGCCACUGCACUUGAAAUUGAUUACUACUCGCAGGCUAUAAAAGCGCUCAGUGAGCGCUCGCCUUUUGAUGUUGCGGAAGAGACUUCAACGUCGACGGUGCCCACACUGCCCAGUGGGUGGGCAAGCUUCUUAAACCGCCAUUCUGAAAGUCGCAGGCGCCACAAGAAGUCCCAUUCGGGUGCGGACAAGAAAUCGUCUAGAGCAUGUGAUAAGUCGCGUAGUUCAAGCAUUUGGGUUGAGACUGAGGAUUACUUUAGAGACUUGAAAUUGCCGGACAUAGACACCUUGUUAGAGGCAUCAUCCUCUUUUAGUUUAGCUGCCCGGAAGUGUCUUUCUAUUCCACCAGUGGGAAAUGCUCCAAGGUCAAAUGUAGCUAGUUACGAGGAUGACAAGGAAACUGAUGGGAACCUAAAUAGCGAAGAUGUCAAGAAUGAGGACUGUGUCAUGGAAAGUAACAGUGUUGCUGCUGGAGUUUUAGCUCAGGAUGACAAGGGUCAUGAUACUUUGAAUUCGUCUAGUAGUUUAGAAUGGCUUUUAGGAUGUAGGAAUAAGAUUUCUCUCAUUACUGAGCGCCCUUCAAAGAGGAGGAAGGUUUUGGGUGUUGAAGCUGGGUUGGAGAGAUUUUUUAUGGCCAAUCCUUGUGGUGGAGACUCUUCUCUGUGCCAUUAUUGCUGCAGGGGUGACACCAGUAGAGAGUCCAAUCAAUUAAUUGUCUGCGAUAUUUGUAAAGUUGCAGUUCAUAAGAACUGCUAUGGUGUGCAAGAUGAUGUAGACGAGUCUUGGUUGUGCUCUUGGUGCAAGCAAAAGGAUGACAUUGAUAAAAUGGCGUAUCCUUGCGUGCUUUGUCCAAAGAAGGGCGGCGCUUUAAAGCCUGUCCAUAGACAUGCGGAAAGCGCUGGGUCUGCGCAAUUUGCUCACUUGUUUUGUUGUUUGUGGAUGCCUGAGGUUUAUAUAGAGGAUUUGAAGAAGAUGGAGCCUGUUAUGAAUGUAGGAGGAGUCCAGGAAACCCGAAAAAAAUUAGUCUGUAAUAUUUGCAAGUUGAAGUUUGGCGCAUGUAUUCGAUGUACCCAUGGAUCCUGUAGGUCUGCUUUCCAUCCUUUAUGUGCCCGGGAAGCUAGCCACAGGAUGGAGGUUUGGGCAAAAAAUGGUUAUGAAAAUAUUGAGUUGCGAGCGUUCUGUUCCAAGCACUCAGAUAUACAAGAGAACAGCACCAUGUUGCCUUCAGGUGGCUCUGUAGCUUUUGGUAGUGAUUUAUCUUCUGCUGACAGCCUUCCAGCUGGCACACAGCAGAAUUUGAAAAUUGGUUGCCAAAAUGGAGAUGGUACUGGGAUAGUUUCUGAUGGCAGUCCUGAUAAAUUGAGUCAUAGUGAACCGCCCGAUGAAAUUUUGUCUGAUUGUCAGUUAAAUGCUCAUGAAACAUCAGAAUGCAGUGGUUUGCCACAACUAAAUAAUACAGCUGUGGUGGGGAGGACUGAUGAAAUUGCCAAUGCAUCUGACUCCCUUGGUUUUGCACUUGUUUUGAAAAAGUUGAUAGAUCGAGGAAAAGUUGAUAUUAAAGAUGUAGCUUUGGAGAUUGGCAUUUCUUCAGAUACAUUAAGCGCAAAUAUUAAUGAUUCUUGCAUGGCCCCUGAUGUGCAAAUCAAAAUAGUCAAUUGGCUAAAAGCUCAUGUAUAUACUAAUGCAUUUCAGAAAAGUUUGAAAGUCAAAUUCAAGCCUGCCAAUUCAUCCAAGGAUGAAAAUGGAAUCAUUGAUGGUUCUGAUUCUUUACAGAUAUCAGAUUCUGAGUUGCCAGAUCCUGUUGCUGUUAAGUCAGUGCCUUCAAGGAGAAGAACAACUGGUAAUAUCAGGAUUUUGAAUAACAAAGCGAUGUGUUCAUCUGGGGUGGUGUCUAGAGAGAGCGGAAUGCCAAUGGACAAGUUCAAGGGAGGUCAAUUUGAACAUGAAAAUUUGGAAACAUUGAAUGAAGCGUCCAUGCCUGAUGCAACUGAAAUGAAAUUAACCAAGUCUGAGGAUGCUUCUUUUGACUACCAAGGGAAUGCCGAUAAACCUAGCAAAAUAAGCUUAUCUGGAGGUGUUUUGGAAGAAAAGCCUGCUAAUGCUUCUAUUUUUUCUGAUCACCACCAUUCUCCUUGUUCUGCUGCAGAUUUACCCGCUUCUGAUUUCAUGAAGAUUGAAGGAAACUCGUUUUAUAUUCACCCAUACAUCCAUAAGAAGUUAUCGGAGAUUCGUGAUGGGGUGCUUUCGAAGGAUGUUAUAUGUCAAAGGGAGGAAGAAAAUUUUUAUUUGGAGGGAUUCUCAGGGGCUAGUGGUGGCUCCAGUUUCCAAAAUUCAGAAGUAACUUGCAGUGACAUCCGUAAUGUUGAUAAAGUAAAUACGAAGCAAUUGGUUAUGGCUAGAGAUAUGGGUUUAUUAGAAUUUUGUCCAAAAGAUGAAGUGGAGGGUGAACUAAUAUAUCUUCAGCAUAGAUUAUUGCAGAAUGCAGUUGCAAGGAAGAAGCUUGCUGAUAAUUUAAUCUCUAGGAUAGUUAAGAGUCUUCCGCAGGAGAUUGAUGCAACCCACCAGCAAAGAUGGGAUGCUGUACUUGUUAAUCAGUACCUCCGUGAUCUUAGGGAAGCAAAAAAGCAGGGAAGAAAAGAGAGAAGGCACAAGGAAGCACAGGCAGUGUUGGCUGCUGCAACUGCUGCAGCAGCAGCAUCAUCUAGGGUUUCUUCAUUGCGGAAAGAUGCCUUUGAAGAACCUGUACUGCCGGAGAAUUUGUUAAAGCACACUUCCAGUGGAAGGACUGGUGUUUGCUCUCAGCCAAUGCCACAGGCUAAAGAAACACUUUCUAGAGGAACUAUGUUUAGGAAUUCAUCAGAAAAACAUUCAGAUUUGGGUCUGCCAGAUGCAGAUUUUUCUAAGGAGCAUCCCAAAUUGUGUGAUAUCUGUAGACGAUCUGAAACUAUAUUGAACCCAAUUCUCAUCUGCUCCGGUUGCAAGGUUGCUGUUCACUUGAAUUGCUAUCGUAGUGUGAAGGAAUUUACAGGUCCAUGGUACUGUGAAUUAUGUGAGGAUUUAUCAUUCAGAAUAUCUGGGCAACCUUCUAUAAAUUCCUGGGAGAAACCUUAUUUUGUUGCGGAAUGUGGGAUAUGUGGUGGUACUACUGGUGCUUACAGGAAGACUUCAGACGGUCAUUGGGUCCAUGCCUUUUGUGCUGAGUGGGUUUUUGAGUCGACUUUCAGAAGAGGACAAGUAAAUGCUGUUGAAGGAAUGGAAACUGUGUUGAAAGGAGUUGACACUUGUUGCAUAUGCCGCCGCAAGCAAGGUGUAUGUUUAAAGUGUAGUUAUGGCCAUUGUCAGACCACAUUUCAUCCAUCCUGUGCUAGAAGCGCUGGUUUUUACAUGAAUGUGAGGGCUGUCAGUGGCAAGCUGCAGCACAGGGCUUACUGUGAAAAGCACGGUUCAGAGCAGAGGGCAAAGGCUGAAAGCCAAAAACAUGGAAUUGAAGAGUUAAAAGGUAUCAAGCAAAUUAGGGUUGAGUUAGAGAGAUUACGUCUCCUGUGUGAAAGAAUUGUCAAACGUGAAAAGAUAAAGCGGGAAUUGGUUCUGUGUUCACACGACAUACUUGCCUUCAAAAGAGAUCACGUUGCUAGGUCUGUCUUGGUGAAUAGCCCUUUCAUCCUUCCUGAUUGUAGUUCAGAAUCAGCUACAACAUCCCUUAAAGGGAACACAGAGGGAUACAGAUCAUGUAGUGAAGCUGUCCAAAGGUCGGAUGAUGUGACUGUGGACAGCUCAGUUUCAGCCAAGCAUCGAUUACGAGUUGCUGUUACCAUGGACAGUGACCCGAAGUUGGAUGAUGACUGUUCAACUUCACAAAGCCAUUAUAAUCAUAAGAUUCCUGAGAGGGUGCAGUUUUCUGGCAAGCAGGUUCCUCACAGAGCUUCAAUCAUAUCACGAAAUCUUUCAGAUGACAGUGGAUGGAGAUCAAAAUCAAGAAAGCAUCAAGAGACAUUUGGAAAAGAGCUGGUUAUGACGUCAGACGAAGCAUCAAUGAAGAAUUCUAUGUUACCUAAAGGAUAUGCAUAUGUUCCUGCCGAUUGCCUGUCUAAUGAUAAGCGAACCAAGCAGGAUGUAUUUACGAGUGAACCAGCGGAGCAUAAUGGGUAAAGCGACGGAUUCCUUGACGUUUUGAAUGCCUAUUUAAGGCCGACAUCCACAUCAUCGGAUACAAUUUUGCAUGCGGACUAUCCGGACAUUUGAGGAGAAUGGCAAGAUGUAUCUGGAGAUUAGCGACAGGGCUCCAGCCGCUCUUUCCUGGCGUGGCGCGAAGUUGUGCUCUGCUCUGGCGGGGAAGUUCAACAUUGCUGUACAUUCGUUGAAGAGUAAACUGUACAGUGAAUGACCAUUGCUUGCUUUUACUUUAGAAGGGCUUGGAUUUCAUUAUACUCAUACUCGAGGAAGCACGCAACCGGAGCUUUCCUGCUUGUAACAAUACCUGGGAGGAUUUAGGGCAUCAUCACCUGUUUCUUCGUAGAGUCGUUGUACAUAUGAUGACAAAAUUAAUUUUCAAAGGACUAGUGCUCGCCAUGAGAUUCAUCGAGCAUUUAAAUUAUGUAGCCACCGUCUUUCUCAAAGUUUGUACUUUAUAUUCAGGCAGAAAAUUAAAAAUUGUAAGUGCUGUAUACAUGUUUCGCUUCCUGCAUAUCUGUUGCAUCCAGAGGAUCAAGGCUGAUUGUCAAUUGUAACGCAAUAAAAAUCAAUAAACUAGCAUGGAUAAAUUUUCAAUU